AUGCAUCUGGUUACAGAGUUCUCGGAUGCGGACACAGUAUCUGACGAGUAUUCAGACGAGGAGGUGGUGGAAGAUGUGGACGAUACCCCAUACCCUGUGGCUGCUGGUGCUGUUGUGACUGAGAGCCAGACUUACAAGAAGCGUGCUGACUUCCUGAGUAACGAUGACUACGCUGUGUAUGUGAGAGAGAACGUUCAGGUGGGAAUGAUGGUUCGAUGCUGUCGAACAUAUGAAGAAGUGUGUGAAGGUGAUGUGGGCAAAGUCAUCAAGCUGGACAGAGAUGUAUUGCAUGACCUCAGUGUGCAGUGUGAUUGGCAGCAGAAAGGGGGUACUUACUGGGUUAGUACGGGUCAAAGCUUCCGUAACCACACCAAAAUACAAGUGGGGAUCUGUUACUCAUCAAAGUGUGGGACUCGUGAAAGCUUUCAGUGCCAACGGGAAAGACAUCAUUGUGGAUUUCCCCCAGCAGUCUCACUGGACUGGGUUGCUAUCCGAAAUGGAGCUGGUGCCCAGUAUUCAUCCAGGGGUCACACAUUCCCUAUCAGUGGAUCCAAAUUCAAGUGCAGAAAUUGUGAUGACUUUGAUUUCUGUGAAACCUGUUUCAAGACAAAGAAACACAACAGCAGACAUACUUUUGGCAGGAUUAAUGAGCCAGGGCAGUCUGCAGUCUUCUGUGGCCGUUCCGGAAAGCAGCUGAAGCGCUGUCAUAGCAGUCAGCCUGGAAUGCUGCUAGACAGCUGGUCGCGGAUGGUGAAGAGUCUGAAUGUGUCUAACCAGGCCUCUCGUCUCAUUGAUGGCAGUGAGCCCUGUUGGCAAUCAUCUGGAUCCCAAGGGAAGCAUUGGAUUCGUUUGGAGAUUUUCCCAGAUGUUCUUGUUCAUAGACUAAAAAUGAUAGUAGAUCCUGCAGACAAUAGCUACAUGCCAUCCCUGGUCGUGGUGUCAGGUGGAAGUUCCUUAAAUAACCUAAUUGAACUAAAGACUAUUAAUAUCAACCAAACUGACACCACCGUGCCCCUGCUGAAUGACUGUGCCGAGUAUCACAGGUACAUUGAGAUCACAAUAAAGCAGUGCAGGAGCUCAGGGAUCGAUUGCAAAAUUCACGGUCUCAUCCUGCUGGGACGCAUCCGGGCUGAGGAGGAGGAUUUGGCAGCGGUUCCUUUUCUGGCUUCAGAUAACGAGGAGGAGGAGGAUGACAAAGGCAGCACUGGGAGUCUCAUUAGAAAGAAGACUGCUGGGUUGGAGUCAACAGCUACAAUAAGAACCAAAGUGUUUGUGUGGGGCCUGAAUGACAAGGACCAGCUGGGUGGGCUCAAAGGCUCUAAGAUCAAGGUUCCUUCAUUCUCUGAGACUCUGUCCGCUCUGAAUGUGGUUCAGGUGGCUGGUGGAUCUAAGAGUUUGUUUGCAGUGACUAUGGAAGGGAAGGUGUACUCCUGUGGAGAAGCCACAAACGGCCGGCUGGGACUGGGUAUGUCCAGCGGGACGGUCCCUAUUCCUCGGCAGAUCACAGCCCUCAGCAGCUACGUGGUCAAAAAGGUAGCGGUCCACUCAGGUGGCCGGCAUGCUACAGCCUUAACAGUGGAUGGGAAAGUGUUCUCGCGGGGUGAAGGUGAUGAUGGGAAACUUGGACACUUCAGUAGAAUGAACUGUGACAAGCCAAGGCGGAUUGAGGCCCUGAAAACCAAGCGCAUCAGGGACAUAGCCUGGGGCACUUCUCACAGUGCAGCCCUGACGUCCAGCGGGGAGCUGUACACCUGGGGCCUGGGCGAGUAUGUCCGCUUGGGACACGGUGAUAAUACCACACAGCUGAAGCCCAAAAUGGUGAAAGUCCUUCUUGGUCACAGAGUAAUCCAGGUUGCGUGUGGAAGCCGAGAUGCACAGACACUGGCUCUCACUGAUGAAGGUUUGGUGUUUUCCUGGGGUGAUGGUGAUUUUGGAAAAUUGGGCCGAGGGGGAAGUGAAGGCUGUAACAUUCCCCAGAACAUCGAGAGACUAAAUGGCCAGGGUGUGUGCCAGAUUGAGUGCGGAGCUCAGUUUUCCUUGGCACUCACCAAGUCAGGAGUGGUGUGGACAUGGGGGAAAGGGGACUACUCCAGACUGGGCCACGGCUCAGAUGUGCACGUGCGGAAGCCACAAGUGGUGGAGGGACUGAGAGGGAAGAAGAUCGUGCAUGUGGCGGUUGGAGCCCUGCACUGCCUGGCGGUCACAGACUCGGGACAGGUGUAUGCUUGGGGGGACAAUGACCAUGGCCAACAGGGCAAUGGCACGACCACAGUUAACAGAAAGCCCACCCUGGUGCAGGGCCUGGAGGGCCAGAAGAUCACUCGAGUGGCUUGUGGGUCCUCACAUAGUGUAGCCUGGACGACAGUGGACGUAGCCACGCCCUCUGUCCACGAACCUGUCCUCUUCCAGACGGAAGAGACCCGCCGGGUGCUUCCUACUUAGGUGUGUCUUCAGAUGCUGAUUCUUCUUCUGCCAGCAAUAAGAUAAAUGGUGCAAAUAACUGUAAGCCCAAUCGCCCUUCUCUUGCCAAGAUCCUCCUGUCGCUGGAAGGAAACCUGGCUAAGCAGCAGGCCUUAUCACACAUUCUUACCGCACUGCAGAUCAUGUAUGCCAGAGAUGCAGUGAUUGGAGCCCUGAUGUCAGCCGGCAUGCUCGCCCCAGUGGAAUGCCCCUCCUUCUCCUCCUCAGCACCUGCUUCUGAUGCAUCGGCAAUGGCCAGCCCCAUGAACAUAGAGGAAGGCAUGCUGGCUGCUGAUCUUGAGGACAGACUGAGUCCAAAUCUAUGGCAAGAAAAG